GCGACGUCGUCUGGCAGCAAUGGCGGAAGUUCGGAGACGUCAGCAUGCUCGUGUUAAAGGAGAAGCUCGCGAAAGGAGGCUCGCGCACAAGGAUGAGCGCGAGGGGAUGGCGGCCGAGACGCUCGCGUUGGUCUUAAAGCUUUUCGCUGCCGGAUUUUAUGGUCUGAGCUCUUUUCUCAUCGUCGUCGUGAAUAAAAGCGUCCUGACAAAUUACAGGUUUCCCUCCUCGAUAUGUGUCGGAAUCGGCCAAAUGCUGGCGACCAUAGUCGUGCUUUGGGGUGGAAAGACACUCCGAAUAAUCAACUUUCCAGAUUUCGACAAAAGCAUACCUCGCAAGACAUUUCCUCUGCCUUUUCUUUAUGUAGGGAAUCAAAUAACAGGACUGUUUGGGACAAAACGGCUCAAUUUACCCAUGUUUACGGUCCUCAGGAGAUUCUCCAUUCUCUUUACAAUGAUAGCAGAGGGAUUUCUUUUGAAGAAGAAAUUCUCUCGGCCUGUCCAGCUGACAGUAUUUGCAAUGAUCCUGGGGGCAUUUGUGGCAGCAAGUGCUGAUUUGGCUUUUGACCUGCAAGGGUACGUGUUCAUUCUGCUGAACGAUGUCUUGACCGCAGCCAAUGGCGCAUACGUGAAGCAGAAGCUUGACUCCAAGGAGCUGGGCAGAUAUGGGCUGCUGUACUACAAUGCCUUAUUUAUGCUUGCGCCGACACUACUCUUAGCAUAUCUCACUGGCGACAUACAAAAGGCUAUGGAGUUUGAAGGUUGGUCAGAUGCUUUUUUUGUGGGCCAGUUUGUGCUCUCUUGUGUCAUGGGGUUUAUUUUAAUGUACUCCAUAGUGCUUUGUACACAGUACAACUCUGCACUGACGACAACAAUCGUAGGCUGCAUAAAAAAUAUUUUAGUAACAUAUAUCGGGAUGGUCUUUGGAGGAGACUACAUAUUCACAUGGACUAAUUUCAUUGGUCUAAACAUAAGUAUCGUCGGAAGCCUGGUCUACUCAUACAUCACCUUCACAGAAGAGCACUCAAGUAAGCAAAACGAGAACACCAACAAACUGGAAGUAAAAGGGAAGAUAGCUGUAUGACCUUAAAGGAUGGGUUGUACAUGCUUUGGUACAGGUGGUUCUGUACCUUUUUGUUGUCUCAUUUUUAUACCUUCAAGUAGGAGUUGAGAAGCCAAACUGAGAGACACUCCUUACCCAUUACGGGCAGAACUUGGCCUAAGGACAAAGCAAAGCAUAUAGUGUUACUGUUUUUUUUUUCUAUGUGUUGGGUCAUUCCUGAUCUGUUUACCAUUUUAAUAAGGCAUUUUGGGACCAGUUCUUGCUAACCAUGUUUGUGACAUGGUAGAUGUGUUUUAAUAGUCUUUUUAAAUACAUGAAAGCUAUAGUUAUUUAAAUGGAACAAAUGUAUUGUGAUUCACCAUAGAUGUAAAAAAAAAUGGUUUGGUAUUCAUUAUGUCUGUUUGUCCUUGUAAGGGGGGCGGGGGGGGGGGGGGCUGAUACUCAUCACCCGCCCCACAUAUUUUGAAAGUGCAAGAAUGAUACCUGAUAAGCUGAAUGAUUCAACUGAAUAUGUGAGGCUCUGCAUGGUUUGAUGUGCGCGUGUGCGAUGCCUGCAUGUUUACAUGGUACUGUGACUUCAAUACGGCACAAUUUGUUUCAAAAUUUGUUUGAAAAGCUACAACGAUGCAGUAUUUGUUGAGCUUUUUUUUUUUUUUUUUUAGCUUUUUACAAUAUUUGGUCAACAGUAUUAGCAUAGCCAUCUUAGCAUUGGUUCGAUGCACCUUUAUCGACUGCAACAAGUAGGUGGCUGAAGUAAGCGACAUGUGACAAGUGUUUCAAAUGUUUACCUUUUAUUUCAACAGAGAUGCCUUAAUGGAGAGCGCCACCUGGCAGUUGCGAAUUGAAAUGACUUCAUGUUCAUGGAGACUUGUAAAACGCGGGUACUUCCAUAGUAUUGUAGACAAAUUAAAGCUAUUGCAAAAUUACUGGAUGUUUGGCACCAUCUAUAUGAGCAGUGUGUGAACCAGAUGACAGUGUAUUUUAAUAUGAAUUUGUAGACUUUGUUCAGUUAACUGUAAAAUUGUAUUGGCCAAUCUCAAAGACUAAAGUGUAUUACCUUGUAAGUCUUUUUGCAUCGCAGGGGCCAUUUAAAAAGGUUAUUUACCUACUGCAUACCUUUAUAAUGAACAGUUUUACGUACAGAGAUGGAUUAUAUGGCUACCAGGCUAUUGUAUUCCUGUAACUGUAACGGAUACGUUUUUGUGUUUCAGUUGAACUGGGUCACCACAGUAUAAUGAUUCGUUACAGGGCUGUUAAGGGAGCUGACUGUACAUGUCGUGAAGAAUAAAGUGCCUUUAUUAAACUGCUUUUUUCUCCA